UGUGUAAAAGAAAGAUCUCAAGAGGAACUUAAAGAAGGUUAUUAGAGCAGCCUUUGAAGCUUUUUCCUCAGUAUGUUGUAAGGCAAGGAAGGAAUCCAUUGUAAACAAGGAAGUUCCUUGCACUUUCUUAGACAAAACCAACCCCAUUAUUGUUCUCCCCCCCUCUCACUUUCUCUCUCUCUCUCUCUAUACAUAUAUAUAUAUAUAUAUAUAUAUAUAUAUGUAUUUGCUCUCUACCAUUUCUACAAGCCCAUCUGCUGUUCUAGUUUCACCUUUACACUUGUUUCUCAAAAGCGUUCAAGCAUUUGUUCUUUGCUGUCAAUCUCAGUAAUUUUCUUUCUGGUUUUUCAUUUUCAUCCUCUUCAUAACCAUUUCCUCAGAAAGAAAAUUCUGAAAGCAUAGAAAAAAAAAAAAAAAAAAUGGGAGUUGGAGGAACUUUGGAGUAUUUGUCUGAUUUAAUGGGAAGCACUCAAAAAUACAAGAAGAAGAAGCAAUUGCAGACUGUUGAACUCAAGGUUAGAAUGGACUGCGAUGGCUGUGAGCUUAAGGUCAAGAAAGCACUCUCUUCAUUAAGUGGAGUUAAAUCUGUGGAUAUAAACAGAAAGCAACAGAAGGUGACUGUAACGGGGUAUGUUGAAGCAAGCAAAGUGCUGAAGAAGGCAAAAUCAACAGGGAAAAAAGCAGAAUUAUGGCCAUAUGUUCCAUACAACCUAGUGGCACAGCCUUACACAGCUCAGGCUUAUGACAAGAAAGCACCUGCUGGAUAUGUUAGGAAUGUGGAAUACACCGCAACAACAGGCACUGUGACCAGAUAUGAAGAUCCUUAUACCUCCAUGUUCAGCGAUGACAACCCAAAUGCUUGCUCUAUCAUGUAGUUCCUUUUCCUUCCACCAAAAUAAUAAAAUAAAAAAAUACCAAACUUUCUUUCCAAUAAAUCUACCACUGUAAAAUAUCCAAUGUAGUUUUUUUUUUUUUGUUUUUUUUGUUUUUUGUUUUUUAGGUGAUUUUCAUUUUCUAUAUAGGAAGACCCAAAAAAUAAAAAAAUGGUUUAGUGAUUUGAUCUGUUUCGUCUUUCUUUACCCUUCACAUGGUCAUGAGGUACCAUUGUAGUUUUGAAGUGAGUGGCUUUUUUGGGUUUUUGGACCAUGAUCAAGUAGUGAUUCAAUAUAUUAUCUUGAUUUUCUGUUA